AGUCACAUUUUGGUGCUCGCGGCAUUAGGACGUCCUCAUUGUCGCGCCAACAUCUUAAACAACAACAACAACAACAACCGUUGCGAUCCUUUGGUGUCGCGCGCGUUAAUUGAAUAACAAAAUUUGUAAUUUUAAUCAAGCGAAUAGCGAAAGGCAACAAAGCAUACCGCAAAUUCCUAUGGAGCAGCUUCAAAGUUCUUAGUGAUAAAUGUUUAGUGUGAAUUGUGUUUGUUUCUGAAAUCAAUUUGAUUGAUUGAUCAACUGAUUGAUUGAUUGAUUGCUUGCUGACAAUGCCAUGAUGGCCUUAAAGAUGUUGUAUCGCGGUCCCAGUUCGCGUUUAGAGAAUUUAAUUGAAAAGAUUCAAGCGACCAAGGAGAUAACUAAUAACGAUAUGUACAGCACGCACACUUCGUCGAGCUAUUCGCCCAGCAUCUCGGAUGGAACUUUGACGCCCAACUCACAGCUGCAGCAGCCGCAGCAGCAGCAGCAGCAGUCGCAGUCGCAGCAGCAGCAGUCGUCGGCCGGUUCGGAGGAGCAGGAGCUGAGCAAGCCGAAGCGAGCGGCACAUUUGCAUCAUCAUCAUCAUCAUCAUUAUCAUCAUCAGCAGGCGCUGAAAAUAGCGAACAAGCUGCGCAAAAUCAAUAAGGAUGCAAAGCUGGCUGCAGGACAAGGACAAGGACAUGGYACAGCCGCCAAGUUUGAUAAGUUGACAGGGGAGGGGAUUAAAAGUCGAGGCGACGGCUCCUAUCAGUGUCAGUUCUGUGAUAAAUCAUUUCCACGGCUCGGCUACCUGAAGCAUCACGUGCAGAGUCAUGCCGAGCAUUUGCCUUUCAAGUGCGAGUACUGCGCAAAGCUGUUCAAGCACAAACGCUCCCGGGAUCGCCAUAAGAAGCUGCAUACAAAUGAGAGGAACUACAAGUGUCCGCAUUGCGAGGCUGCUUUCUCCAGAAGUGAUCAUCUGAAGAUCCACAUGAAGACGCACGACAUACAGAAGCCCUUCCAGUGCAGCAUGUGCAAUCGUGGCUACAACACGGCCGCCGCCCUCACCUCGCACAUGCAGAAGCACAAGAAGAACGCCGCAAUCCUCGCAGCUGGCGGCAAUCCCAAUGCACUCAAUUACAGUCCACGCUCCACGGGCUCCGCCUCGAUCUCGAGCAAUGGGAGCCUGCAUAAGCGACGCUAUGCCUUGGCGCUGGCCUCCGACAGCAGUCCCAGUCGGCUGGAGUUUCCCAAGCGGGCGCGUGGCCAGCUGGCGGCCACGCCCACGGCCACAACGAUAGCCACGCCGACGCCCACGCCGCUGCUGCGCUGCAGCUACUGCCCCAAGGCAACGGAGUUCAGCAGCCUCGAGCAGCUCAACGCGCAUCUGCAGAGCACACACGAGCAGCAGCCGCAGCCGCAGCCGCAGCCGCAGCAGCAGCAGCAGUCGAAGGAGUCGGAUGGCCAGACGAAUGGCUUCCAGUUGAGCUGCGAAUAUUGCACGAUGAAGUUUGUGAAUAUCGCUGCGCUCUUCCAGCACAUGAGAGUCACGCACUUGGAUCGCCUGAGCAGCCCCAAUUCCUAUUACGAGCACUUCCAUCGCCUGGGCUCGCCGCAGUCGAAGCUGAAGUCAGAUCUGGCGCCAACGGAGAAGCCCGAGCAGGAGCUGCCCACCGAUCUGAGCAGCAACAAGCGCCGCCCGCUGAUCUCACCCACGCAGCAACAGCAGCAGCAACAGCAGCCGGCGCCAGCUCCACCGCCGCCUCCUGGCAUCUUCUUCUGCAAUCAGUGCAACGCCGGCCUGCCGGACUUUGAGAGCUUUCGCAAUCAUCUGAAGAGCCACAUCGCCGAGGGCAUGCAGCUGAUCUGUCCGCACUGCGGCCUCAGUCUGCCCGAGCAGUGCGAGUACGAGCGCCAUGUGGUCGCCCAUUUCCUGAUCAGCAGCUCCGAGUUCAAUUGCUGCAGCGCCAGCUGCGGCAAGUCCUAUGCCAAGGCGGAGGAGCUGCAUCAGCAUCUGCUGGCCGAGCACGUCCAGACGAUGCUGAAGUGUGUCCUGUGCUCGGAGCUCUGCGAGAAUCGCAUGUCCAUGCAGCUGCACCUGGCCUGCGCCCAUAGCCAGGAGUCGAAGCUGCUGCGCUGCAGCGCCUGCCUGGAGCUCUUCCGCAACGAUGGCGACUUCCAUGUGCAUGUGAAGACACGCCAUCAGCUGGGCAACCAGGGCACUCUGCCCGGUAAUCCUCCUGCGCCGGCCAAUCCGCUGCAGUGCAUGUUCUGCCGCGCCGUCUGCUCCUCGGAGCUGGAGAUGCAUUUCCAUUUGGCGGCGCAUGCGCGACAGUUCCGCUGCCCCAGCUGCCCGGAGACCUUCCAUGUGGAGUUCCUGCUGGACAGGCACAUGCAGAGCCAGCACGGCGGCAUCAAGGACAAGGAGUCGCCGGUUCCGGGCGGCAUGGGCAGCUUGUAUGUGAAUGCGCUGCUGCCGCCACUGGCAGCGGCUGCUGCUGCCGCUGCCGCGGCAAGCAAUGCCAGCAACAACAACAACAACAACAAUAAUAAUAAUAUUGAUUACAAUGUCGCCUUCAAGGGUCUCUUUGGCGGCGGCAAUCCGCCGAGCAAGUUCUACAACAGCCCGCUCCAGGUGGACACCAAGCAGAGUCCGCAUCCUGCUCUCAUGUACGGCCUGAGCCAGCGCUACUUGAUGGAGAUGUACGCCGCCAAGGCCAAUUCGCCAGCCAAUGCCAGCGCCGGAGCGGAGCUGCCCACGCCGCAGGCCGCGUCAGCAGCAGCAGCAGCAGCAGCGAGCGGCAGCAACAGCAGCGGCAGCAACAACAACAACAGCUACAGCUGCGGCAUGUGCGAGCGCCAGGAUCUGCGCAGCGAGGCCGAGCUCCAUUCGCAUCGUAAGCUCGCCCACAAUCUGAAGACGGGCGUCAGCCUGCGCUGCGCGUACUGCUCCGGGAACUACAAGAGCCGAGCCGAGCUGGAGCAGCACAUGAAGAGCUGCCACAACUCGAGCGGCAAGCACAAGUGUCUCAUCUGCGACGAGAUCUUCCCCUCGCCCGCCAUUCUCGCCGAGCACAAGCUGCAGCACUCCAAGGUGGGCCAGUCCGGCAAGUGCGCCCACUGCGGCCAGCAGCUGGAGCACGUGGCCGCCUUCCGUGCCCAUCUCAGCGAGCAUGGCAACGAUGGCAAUCUGCCCAUGGCCUGCAUCUGCUGCCGCCAGACGCUGCACUCGGAAUUCGAGCUGAGUCUGCAUGCCAAAUUCCACACCAAGUCGCCCAGUUGCAACAGCCUGCAGGAGCCCGUCUGCGCCCUCUGCCUGGAGCCGCUGCCGGGGGCGGGGGAGACGGCCAAGCUGUGCGACAAAUGCUGCCGCAAGCACAAUCUGAAUGGCAAGCGCAAGGAGCAGGUGCAGCCCACGGCCAUCGCUGCCCCUGCAGCCGCCGCAGCUGGCGCCUAUCUGGAGCAUCGCUGCAAUCUGUGCAAGAUGAUCUUGCCCCAUGCCCAGAAGCUGCAGGAGCAUCUCGUCGAGCACACCUUCGCGGGCACCGAGCAGCGUGGCUACAAUUGCUACAUCUGCUCGGCUGUGUUCACGGCGCCCGCUGGCCUGCUCGCCCACAUAGCGGAGCACGGCACGCGUCCGUACGACUGCAACUUGUGCCCGGAGAAAUUCUACUUCCGUGCCGAGCUGGAGCAUCAUCAGCGAGCGCACGAACUGCACGCUCAGCCGGCAGCAAUGGCAGCGGCAGCAGCAGCCGCAGCAGCAGCAGCAGGAGCAGGAGCAGCAGCAACACGUGCUCCUAAGCAGGAGGCGCACAGCUCGACGGCCAGUUCUCCACUGACGCUCAGUCCCAGUCAUGUCAAGCAGGAGCUAUACGAAUCGGAGCCAGCGAAUUCGCCCAACGCCGCGGAGCUGCCUCCUGCGCAGCAGGAGGAGGAGGAGUACAUUGAGGUGGAGCAAAUGCCGCAGGAGACGCUGCGAACUGGCGAACUACUAAGCACCGAGCGUUCCAGCAGCAGCGCCUAAGUAUUAUUACCCUUAACUAAAUACAA